AUGCUUACGGGCUUUGAAGCACUCGGCGCGGCAAGCGCAGUCCUGCAAGUUAUUUCGUUCGCAACCGACGUCGUUGUAGCUUGCAAAAACGCAUAUGAUGGCGCCACCACUUCUCAAGAUGAUCUUCAACGCUACGCGGGGCAGAUGUCUGAAGCCGUCGGUCGAGUACACACUCGCUGCGAGCAGAUGAAAAACUCAAAUUCCAGGUUUACUAGCCCUGAGCUGCAAAAUAUUGCCAAGGAAUGCAAAGACGCUGCUGAUCAGCUGGAGACCGAAGUUCGCGAUGCCAUAUACUUCCAGCAAGAAGCAUCAUUCAGUAAACUGGAUACAGAUGUCCAGUUUCUCAUAGACCAGCUCGCUCAAGGCAUCACCGAUGUAAAGGAUCUCGUGUCGCGAGAACAUGCUGCAACACGCAGUGCGGUUACCCAAGAAGGUGCCAGAGCCGAGGCAGCCAUCAAUUCGCAUACCGACAGCCAAGUCCUGGAACUAAAGACCACCGCUGAAACAAAGAGAAAAUCCGAAACCUUUCUUCAAAGCCUUAAAGCUACUCGGAUGAAGCAGCGGUACCACGAGGUCCUAGACUCGGCUGAUGCAAGUCUUAACCAAGUAUUCGCUACUUAUGAAGAGAUUGAAGGCUUAUAUUACGGAGCUUCUAGCAAAAAUCACCAUUCAGAAGAUGAUCUCAACCUAGGGAAUUAUGAAUAUUCCGAAGAUUAUGAGCAUUUAGCGGAUAACAAAGAUUCUAAAGAUGACCACAAUCCCUAUGCUGGCGAUUCAGAAGACACUAAUCAUACGGGCGAUGAUACUGAGGACGUUGGUUCCGAGGGCUAUGAAUCCUCUGAAGAGUCUCAUGACCCUUACAUGGUCAACACGAAGUAUAUUCAUCGCUCGUGGCAUUCCUUGAACUCGUGGCUCAAUUCAGAUGACAAGAUGUUCUAUAUCCGAGGAAAAGCGGGCUCCGGGAAAAGCACACUUGUCAAAUUCAUCCUAAAUCAGGAUCAAACUAAAGAUUUGAUCGAAGAAUGGAGCCCCGAUGCGAUCAUUCUCUCCCACUUCUUCUGGAAAAUUGGUUCAGAAGAACAGAACAGCAUAAAAGGUCUUUGGUGCUCUCUGCUUUAUCAAAGGCUUGAGUAUCAACAACACUUAAUUUCGAGUACUCUACGGCACUUCAGUCACUUAUCUUUGCAUUCAGUAUAUCAUGACUGGUCUAUCAAAGAAUUGCAAGAUGUCUGGGAUUAUGUUACAAACUUGGAUCCUCGGCACAUGUGCGUGUUCCUUGACGGCCUAGAUGAGAUUCGGAACGAAGAUGGCUUUCUUAAACUCGCGCAGACUAUACAGUCUAUAUCACAGAACCAGAAUACCAAACUAUGUGUUUCCACUAGGCCCGAGACGCAGAUCAUGAGGUGGCUUGAGAUGAUGAAUGCUGAUGGAAUUGUACUUGAGGAUUUGACAGCGUUCGAUAUGCAUGUCUAUGUAAGAGAGAAGCUUGACCAGCCGUUAUCGAGCAGCCCUCUUUCCUCCAGGUCCUUGAAAGAUUUACGCCGAAAGCUUGUUAGUAAAGCCGAAGGCGUAUUCCUAUGGCUUUACCUCGCUACAAAUAGCAUCCUUGAGGGGAUCGACAAUGAAGAUUCUGAGGAGUUACUUUCUAAACGGCUCCAAGAGCUUCCCAAGGGCCUUGAGAACCUAUACGGGGAUAUGUGGCAAAGAUCGAACGCAAGAAGCGCAGUCUAUCGAGACAAGGCUCGCCGAUACUUUCGUUACCUAAUACUAGGAGCGGAUGGCGAAAUUUCUAUUGGGAGCCAGGGCGAUUGGUCAUUUUACAGCUUGCCACUCCUAUUUCAAAUUGCGUGUGCCGAAGAACCUAAAAUACAAAAAAGGCUUCUGACGGGCACGGGCAGGAUUGGAUCCGCAGAAAUUAUACGAAUAUGCAAUGAGACGCGUGCUUCAAUACACACUCGAUGUGCAGGAUUACUCGACGUGCAGCCGCAAGAGUCUUACCCCUCUGACAGCGAAGAGCACGUUUGCAAUUUCACUGCCUACCUCAAGGCUUCUGAGAGGGUACGGUUUAUUCACCGAACAGCACAUGACUUUCUAAUUGAUAAAGAAGCUGGCCAGGCUAUUCUUGGAUGCGAAUCACUGAGUCGCUUCCCCUGGCAAGCACGACUUCUAAAAGGCAUAGUUUGCAUGGUGAAAGUGUUGGUACUGGAAUUGGAGAUGCCAUGUGAUCUCAGCGAUAUCGUUAAGGAAAUCACGAAUUUCGCCAACUGCUGGAAAAGAGAAGGUCUAGAAGUGGCUACGGAGAUGCUCGACGCCGUUCAACCAUUAUUUGGUAAACAUUUUGCAGAUUCCGACCUGUAUUUUUGGAAACCCCAGCGCCCCUUUUUAAAUCACUUGACCAACAACGAGUUAUUCGAUGAUUACGUCAUAUCCUUUCUGACAAACGAAUGCCCCCCUUAUUUGGCCACCAGUAUCCUGCUAAACGGAUGGUGUCCAGGAUAUAAUGUUAGAUUGCCAAAGAGAACAUUUGACGCAUUAAUAGCUCUUGAAGCUGAUGCACACGUUUGCGGAGUACUUGGUCAUUCUCAUCAUUCGUCUUUGCAAUUAGUGCCAUUUAUCGGCCAGGCAACAGCAUUUACCAACUUUCUUGUCUCCUUUCUCAUGUCAAGGAGAAAGUGUUUGGAGUGCCAAGAGCAUCUUGAGGAAAACACCCUUGGCACAAACUCACCACUAGAGGCAUUAGAAAUUGCACUGGAGAUGGCGAAGACUUGCCAAAACCUGAAUUUAGCUGUUGCAUUGUUCGCUAUCUUCCUAGAAGACGGAAACAUGUGCAUAAUACCCUUAAGAUCAUGGACACAGAGUCUUCAUGACCCUAUGCCCCAGGUCAGCUUUGCUAUCUUUGAGGUCAACAUACAGCUUUUACUACUCUAUCUAAUCUCGGAGGUUGGUGACAAUGUUGGACAAAGUGUACUGGCGAGCCAUCAAGCUGAGGAUAUCCUGUCAAGGAUCGACAAUCCCUCGGCCAAGGUACGAUACUUCAUGAAGUCAAGAGCGAUAAACGACAAGAUCGAGCAAUGCAGUACCGCUCCAUUCACACUGCAGCGUAUUGAACCACAGGCACCAACUAUGCCAAGAGGCGAGAUUGAACAUCUUUUCGGGGUCGGCUUCGAUGUUCAGACCAAAGUCCUUUUUAACGAUGAUCAAACAGACCUGACUACAACAACCCAGUACAUCGAGAGAUUUGAAGUCGAAGAAGUAAAUAUUGAAGAUGCAAUGACAAGUUUAGCUGCUGAGAAUCUGGGCUUUGGUUCAUGCGAGGAGCUUGGUAUAACCCCCUCUCCGAGCUAUAUGGAGUGGUCAAGACACUUUGAUACUGUUUCAUGGAAUUUGUUUCCUCUGACAAUGAGAAGGCUUGAAGCAGCAGCAGCGGCUAUCGAGGAAUCCGAUGGGUCGACGGGAAUCGAUGACUGA